GGAAUUCUCUCACCUACAAAGAGGAUUGUAGCUGCUAAGGAAUCCCCAGUAGGGAGUAUCAGGUCACCGUCAAAGUCUCCCAGGAAAAGAUCACAUACAGAACAUUACAAUGAUGAAAACCAGCAUCCAGAGCCGUGCAGUCCAACAAAAGUCAAGAGAUCUAUACUAGAUGAUUUAUCUUCUCCAACAAAGUCACCUUCAAAAAGACCAGAAUCCUUUGUGACCCCUGCCAGGAAACUCACCAUCACUAGACCAGAUGAUGAAUGUUACAGCUCAGCAAAGAAAGCACUUCACACAUCCCUCCCAGAGCGUCUCCUAUGCCGAGAGAAAGAGACUCAAACCAUUCAAUCAUUCCUCAAGAAUCAUCUAGAGGCCAGGAAACCAGGAAGUCUUUAUAUCUCUGGUGCUCCUGGAACCGGGAAGACAGCUUGCCUCAAACAGAUCUUACAACAACAAAAGAGUUCCAGAAGAAACACUCAUCAUAUAUUUGUGAACUGCAUGCUGGUCAGACAGAGCCAAGGAAUAUAUAACACAGUCUUGAAAGAAGUAAAACAGGAUGUAUCAACAGACAAGCUAUCUGCCAAGAUGGCCGCCAAGGCUCUUCAGAAGGCAUUUGCAUCAAAUGGACCCACUGUAUUGUUGGUGUUGGACGAGAUAGAUCACUUAGACUCCAAAGGCCAGGAGGUUCUUUACACCAUGUUUGAGUGGCCAAGUCUUCCCAAGUCUAGAUUGGUGCUAGUAGGUGUGGCCAAUUCACUGGAUCUCACUGAUAGAAUCCUACCUAGGCUACAAUCCAGACCCAAAUGUAGACCAGAGCUACUUCACUUUGCUCCUUACACCAGGACUCAGAUCUCAACCAUCUUACAGGACAGACUCAAAGAGAGCACUGUUGAUGGGACUGCUGUAGUUGAUCCCAUGGCUGUUCAACUGUGUGCAAGGAAAGUAGCAGCAGUAGCAGGAGACGUCAGGAAAGCCCUCGAUGUUUGCAGGAGAGCAGUUGAGAUUGUUCAAGCAGACGUCAGAAGGCAGUCAGUAUUGAAACCAUCAGGAGGUUCCCCAAGGAAGGCCCUACUAUCACCCAUCAAAUCCUCUCCCAGGAAAUCACCCAAGAAAGGUUCUCCCUCCAAACCCCUGAAGAAGGUCUCCCUCCUCCAGGUAUCCAAUGUUAUCAAUGAGGUCUAUGGGUCAGGGGUCAUGACCUCAGCAGGGGGCAAAGGUCAAAGCUUUCCAAUGCAACAGAAACUGGUCAUUUGUACAGUUCUUCUGAUGGUCAAAGAAGGCAAGAGUCGAGAGGUCACUUUGGGAAAGGUCCAUGACACAUACUGCAAGAUUUGUGCUAGUCGUAAGGUUGCACCUGUUGACCAAUCAGAGUUCCUGUCUCUAUGCCAGCUGAUCGAGACGAGAGGCGUCCUUGCUCUCAAGAAAUCCAAGGACGCAAGACAGAUUAAAAUGUGCAUGAAGAUGAAUGAGAAAGAGGUUGAGUUUGCUCUUCAAGAUAAGACCCUCAUGUCAGCCAUCUUGGAAGCUGGAUUGCCUAGCAACAAGGAUAAGAAGGGCAAGAAAUUAUGAUGUACAGCUUAAAACUCCUGAUAAAUAUAGAUAAUACACAUUAAGUGCUAUCUGCAAUUUUGUUAAUUUAUUUUAAUUUUUUAAUUCCAUUGACAUUGUAUUCUUUAUAUUUUUAUAUUUUUUACCAUUGGUGUUAACUUUGCCAUUAAUGUUACCUUCCAUGGAAACCUUGAUUGGAUUGCCAGUUGAGUGAUGUUGCCAUGGUAGUUAAUAUUGAUAGCAAAGUUACCAUCCAUGGAAACUUUGUUCCCUUAUGCAUAUUUUAUAAAAUUGUAAGUGAAACUAUAUUGUGCAAAUGCAUGGAUGGUGGACAAAAAUUGCCAGGAUUAUGUACCCCUUAUGUCACAUUCCCAAUUUGUAGCAGCUCAUAUCGCAUUUACUGAUUUAUGUAUUGAAAUUUAAG